AUGAUGAAUACUCAAUUCAAUAUGGCGGCGCCCAUACGAAUUCACGCUUUACGUUGCCGGGUAAAGAUCACACACACACUUAAACAGUGUAAGCGAUCUUUAUCCUUCGCUGUAAACAGAAAAAGUCAACCCAAGGAUGAUUUUGAAUCCAAGCAAACACAUUUCGGUUACGAAUCGAUACCAGAACACGAUAAAGAAGAAAGAGUUUAUGAAGUGUUUAAAAAUGUUGCUGGCAGUUAUGACUUGAUGAACGACGCUAUGAGUAUGGGUGUCCAUCGAGUGUGGAAGGACCAGUUUAUAAACAAAUUAGCUCCACAUCCGGGGACACAACUGCUGGAUGUGGCUGGGGGCACAGGUGAUAUUGCUUUCAGAUUCCUGAAAUAUUCGAAAUCAUUGGAGAAAAGAAAUGGAACAUCAAAUACAGAAUCAGAUGAUGGUUCAGACUUUGAUUUAACAAAGGACAUUUCAGCACAAGCUUUUGGUAUUCCUGAACAUUAUAUGGAGGAUCCAUAUCUGUCAACUUCUGAAUCAUCAUCAGACUCUUCUGAAGAAGAGGAUGACUCAAAGGUCACACCACCAAAAACCCAUGUAACUGUCUGUGAUAUCAACAAAGAAAUGCUGGAAGUCGGAAAAGCAAGAGCUGUUGAAAUGGGAUUAGUUGAAGGCCUGUCAUGGGUUCAAGGAAAUGCUGAGAGUCUCUCGUUUGAGGACAACCUGUUUGAUGCUUAUACUAUAGCUUUUGGCAUCCGGAACUGUACUCACAUAGACAAGGUGGUAGAAGAAGCUUAUCGGGUAUUAAAACCUGGAGGACGGUUUAUGUGUCUGGAGUUUAGUCAAGUUUCCAACCCACUUCUCCGCAGUGUGUAUGACAACUAUUCCUUCCAAGUGAUCCCGGUUAUGGGACAGGUGUUGGCCAGGGACUGGAAGUCUUAUCAGUACCUCGUGGAGAGCAUACGACAAUUUCCAGAUCAGGAAGAAUUUUCAUCAUUAAUUAGAAAAUCUGGAUUCAAAAUGGUAACUUAUGAGAAUUUGACUUUUGGGGUUGCUGCAAUUCAUUCUGGAUUUAAACUUUGAUGUGAUAGGUGUUGCAGUUCUGUCAACUCUAAAGGUCUGACAUGAUAGGUGUUGGAGUUCUGUCAACUCUGAUGGACUGAUGUGAGAGUGGGAGUUCUGUGAUCAGGAGAAAUAUGUUUUCUAAUGCUGAGGUCAAAGGCCAAUGGCAGAUCCAAAUGGUUCAGCCAAAAUCUCUAAACUCUGCACAUAGUAAGGAUUGAACCUGAGAUAAGAUAUUGGAUGCACAUUCCUGUGGACUCCCUAUCUAUUCUGGUACACAGUCUUUUUUGUGUUCAAGAAAGCCACAGUAGGCUAAGACUGGUUUGGAGGACAUUUUAUAAUGACCAAUGAAAUAAUGAACAGAAAGAUUGGUUGAAACAUGAGCUGUGGAAAAAAUUAUCCACUCCAAUGCAACCUCAGGAAAAUAUACUAUCUUUGAAAUUAAAAAAAGUAAUUGCUUGCUAUUACAGGUAAAAAAAAUGGUAAUAUGUAAUUACUUGCUAACUACAAGUUAAAAAAUGUGUAAUUAAAUAAAAUCUUACAAAGAAAAAAAUAAUACAAAUCAGUUAUGUUAUGAUAAUAGUCAGAAAACUCAAUCCCAGGUGUCAAAAGUUUCAUGGCUUGUCUCUCCUUAUACAAAAUGGAUUCCCGUAUAAAACGCUUUCUGAUAAUUAAUAUAAAAAUUAAAUGUAAAAAUAGGGAUAUCUCUUCAAAAUAGGGAGGGAUGGCAUGUGUGUGGAUAAAGUAAUAGUUUAAGAUUAAAGUUUGUUAUUUUCCAAUAAAAUGUUUGAAGCUGUGUUA